GAACUUCAUCUCAUCCAUCUCAUCCAUCCCAUCCAUCUCAUCCAUCUCACGCCAUGGCACGACGCAAGCGGGUAGCCCCGCCGCCCGACGACCCUCGCUGGCAGAACCAGUCCAAGUUCCGCAUUGCCGAACGGUUCUUCAAGCGAGCCAAGCGGGUGUCCUCCAGCCCGCUGCUCCUCGAGCCGCCUUCAGCGUCGCUCACGCCGAUCGUUCUGCCAAUCCGCUCAGCUGGCUCGCAGGUAGAGCCAGAUCUUGAUCCCCGACUGACUCGAGUGUCCCUGGCCAAGCCGCUCUCCAGUCUCCUGCCCCAGCACUUUGCCGACGGCGACCAGAGCCCGGCCGAGGCCUUUACCGUCAGCUCGAUCCCAGGGCUUGUCCUGAUCGCCAAUCCCUUCACCGAGGAGAGUCAGCGCACCCUCGUGCGGGCCUGUCUGCAAGACUAUGCCAAGCCCCCCAACGUCACCAACCUCGAUACCCACUAUGUCCUUCCUGAGUCGGGACUCUGGUCGAUAUACGAGGACUUUGUGACUCACGACCGCAGUCUCGAUGACCCGUCGAUGAUGGUCGCCCUUCGCAGCGGCGACCCAGUUACGAGGCCAGGAUAUGGCGACGACAUGGAUGGUCAGGAGCACGGACAUGACCUCGGGCAAGGCUCGGCCGACUCGAUGAACAGUGUCGACAGCAUCGGUCCCGAGCAUCCCACCGAGCAAGACACCGCCGACGCCAUCCAGAUCGAUCCGCCGACCUCACAAACACCGCUGCUCAAGUCCCUGAGCGUCGAGGCCGCCGUCCGCAAGCUGCGUUGGGCCUCGCUGGGACUGCAGUACAACUGGUCCGUCAAGGAAUACCACAUGGAUCGCCAGCCGCCCUUCCCGGCUCUGAUCGCGGAUCUAUGCCAGGCGAUCGUGACGGCUGCCGAGCCGCUGACUGGGUAUGCCAGCGAUCGGUUCCGAUGCGAGGCCGGCAUCGUCAACUAUUACCACUACAAGGAUGCGCUGAUGGCCCACCAGGAUCGCAGCGAACUCAACACAGAGGCGCCGCUGGUCAGCCUGAGUCUUGGACAUUCUUGCAUCCUCCUUAUGGGCACACCGGACAGGAACGACGAGCCAACGCCGAUUGUUCUCCAGAGCGGAGACAUUGUAGUCAUGUCGGGCCCCUGCCGACUUGCCUUCCACGGUGUGCCCCGCAUCAUCGAAGACACCCUGCCCGAGUAUCUCGCACGGCGGGACGAUGGCACUGACGAUGAGUGGAAGCCAUUUGGCGAGUUCUUGAGCCAAGCGCGGAUCAACGUCAACGUCCGGCAAGUCCACCCAGCUUGACCAACGCCAGACGGAGCCGUAUCAGCCUUCCUGAGAGAACAGAACCAACUUCCAUCCGUUUACAGCCACGACGGGGAUACGGGGAUGCAGGGAUGCGAUGACAUCGCCGAACGAUGCGGGCUCUGAGGCGGCUCAGUCUGUACCGCACCGCCUUCGACAUGCUGAACUCGUUAGCCGAGCCACAGCUCGAUGGACCCCAUUGAUGCAAAUCGUCCUCGCACCUCGCGGAGGCAGGGCAAAGGUGCUGCCUGCCUUCCAGACCCUGUCACCAGAGGCUGGGGUUUUGGACACACCCGGUAAUGAAAGCGCCUAUUCUGAACCAAGUCAAGCAUGGUCGGCAAUAUUAUUUUACACGGCGUAAGAGUUGCACAAGUACAAAGAAAUGUCUAUGGAACGAAAGUGAGGCGGAGGGGGAGAAGAAUAAAGCGAGGAAGGAAAUAAAUGAGUUGUUUGAUUGAGAUUGAGA